AAGCAGAUAUUGUCAAUGGGUCACGCUCACGCGCAGCGGGCUCACCCCACUGACCUGUUGGUUCCCAUGUUACAGCAGAGCACCAAGGUAGGACAGACGGAGAAGGUCCCCAAGUUGGAGUCAAAGCUAGACCAUCGUGUGCAGGAGCUGGUUGAGCUGAUUUGCAACAUCAAGGCCAUGGAGGAGAUGGUGGUCCAGAUGAAAUAUGAUACCAAGAAGGCUCCACUGGGUAAACUGACUGCGGCCCAGAUUAAAGCUGGCUACCUCUCCCUGCAGAAGAUUGAGGACUGUAUUAACCGGAAGGUGAGCGGGAAGGCCCUGGUGGAGGCCUGCAACGAGUUCUACACCAGGAUACCGCACGACUUCGGGCUGAAGACACCUCCUUUGAUCAGGACCAAGAAGGAACUGCAGGAGAAAGUGGGACUGCUGGAGGUAACUUGCACCCCUUUCCGGUUGUGAGAUGAGAGUCAGAGAGAUGGACAGCGCGGAACCUUCGGCCCAACCCGUCCGUGCCGACCCUGAUAUCCCUGACCCAAUCCAGUCCCCGUUUGCCAGCGCUUGGCCCCUAUCCCUUCAAUCCCUUCCUAUCCCUGUCCCCAUCCACCUUUUCAAUGCUGUCAUUGU